AUGAGCCAGGCCGCAGACCGGGCGGCCGGGAGGGCGGCCAUGGGCCGCGAGCGUUUCGAUGUCAUCGUGAUCGGGGGCGGCCACGCGGGCUGCGAGGCCGCGGCGGCGGCGGCGCGCGUCGGAGCGGCGGCCCUGCUCAUUACCCAGAAGCGCGAAACCAUCGGCGCGAUGUCGUGCAAUCCAGCGAUCGGCGGGCUCGCCAAGGGCACGCUCGUGCGGGAGGUGGAUGCGCUCGACGGGCUGAUGGGCCGCAUCGCCGACGGGGCGGGCAUUCAGUUCCGCGUGCUCAAUCGCAGCAAGGGCCCGGCGGUGCGCGGGCCCCGGGCGCAGCAGGACCGCGCGCUCUACCGCGCGGCCAUGCAGGCGGCGCUCGACGCCCAGCCCAACCUCACGAUCCGGGAGGGCACGGGCGCGGUGCUGGGAGACGGCGAGUCCAUUCCGGCCCCACGGGUGGUUCUCACCACCGGCACAUUCCUGCGCGGCCUCAUCCAUAUCGGGGAGCGGCAGAUCCCGGCGGGCCGUGUCGGCGACGCGCCAGCCACGGGCCUCGCGCUCACCCUUGAGCGGCUGGGCUUCCGCCUCGGCCGGCUGAAGACCGGCACCCCGCCACGGCUCGACGGCCGCACCAUCGACUGGGCCGCGCUGGAAGCGCAGGAGGGCGACGAGCCGCCCGAGCCCUUCUCCUUCCUCACCGCCGCGAUCACGCGGGCGCAGGUGCCCUGCCACAUCACCGCCACGGGGCCUGAAGGCCACGACCUCAUUCGCCGCAACCUCGCGCGCUCGCCCAUUUAUUCCGGUGCGAUCGAGAGCCGGGGCCCCCGCUACUGCCCCUCCAUCGAGGACAAGGUGGUGCGCUUCGCGGACCGCUCCUCUCACCAGAUUUUCCUUGAGCCAGAAGGGCUUACCGAUCACACGGUCUAUCCCAACGGGAUCUCGACUGCGCUGCCGGAGGACGUGCAGCGGGCGCUGGUGGCGACGAUUCCGGGACUGGAGCGGGCGGCGGUGCUCAGGCCCGGCUACGCAUCGAGUACGACCACGUGGACCCGCGCGAGCUAA